GUUUGGCACCGCGCCGAAUUUCAACACAGCCAUGGACUCAUCGGAUACUCAUCUGAUGACGAGAAACCCGUUGGCUGGGGACGCAAUACUUUCCAGAUGCAUCGACUUUGUCCGAAAGAAUGAAGACGCAAUCCGAAAAGUGCACGAGGUGAAUGCGCGGAGCUUUCAGGUCCAAGUGGAACGCGGAGAUGGAGAACUCUGGGGUAUCACGUGGGUCCGAGAAAAGUUCUUGGAGAAGCGCAGAGUGGUUCAAAGCCUGGUGCCCAACAGCCCUGCAGCCAGGUGGAAUGCAGCUCAGGAAGAUGGCGAGUGGAGAAUCGAGGCGGGCGAUGAACUCGUGGCUGUCAAUGGCCUCAAGAGCUGGGAGGAGAUGUCAAGUUUUAAGGAUUUGCGCCAGGCCCGUUUGACCUUAGUGCGAAGUCCCAAAGAAGAUUCAGGUGAACCGAGUGCUCCAUCAACGUCCAAAGACGACGCGAAGGAGCCCACGAAAGAACUGCGACCGCCGGCCUUUCAGAUGGGAGGCUAUUUGUUGGAUGCCUCCGGCAGCGGCUGGUCGAUGCCCCGGCUACAGGUGAGUCUGGUUAAGUCGGAGUGCCCUUUAGCAAUCAAACAUCUCCAGGAUUCUCUUGUCACAUCGGUGGAGGAUGCACCCAAUUUGAAGCAACAAACCUUGGAUUGA